CGCGUGAACAGUUCGCGAAUUGUGCACAACGAUGCGUGAGAAUGUGUGAAAGUAACUAAGUGUAUUUAAUAAUAAACUUAAUUGAAAAGUAAAAAUCAAAAUAGACUUUCGGUGUACAGUGAAAACACUUGUAUAUUAAAUUUAAAAAAAAUUAAAAUAAAAUACUUAAAAACAAUAUUUAAAGAAAUUUUUAACUAAAUUUAGAUUCUGGAAAAAUAAGGGCGUGUAAUUAAGUGAAUAAUUAUUUUGUGAAGUGUGAAAUUGUGCGUCAGCAUUCUUACGCCCAUACGCGCGUUUGGCUCUCUCUGCCAUGGUGUAUGAUACCAUCGACAUUGCUGCAGAUAUUUUAGAUUUUCAUUUAGACACUUCAACCUCGAAACAAUUACAACAACAGCAACAUCAGCAGCAACCAAAUCAAAAUUUACCGCAUUCUUCGAGUAAUAGUACACUUAAAAUUCCCACUACGAAGAAACAGCAAAAAGUGUUUGAUCAGUUGUUGGUAAAUCAAGGACGUGAAAAUUCUACAAAUUUACCUUUCUUACCGCGUAGCGCGGAAAAUUUAAGUUGGACAUUUUUCGAACAUGUCUCAACGCUGGACAAUCAGCUGCGCGGUGAUGAAGAGCUCAGCUCUCCACCCACAAAUGGUUGCCAUUUAAUGACUACCUCACCCGCGCAUACACAAGGUAACACUGUUACAGGACCACCAGCAAAUUGCUUGGAGCAACCGCAAGAGACAAUCGCACGCAAUCAUCAACAGAAUUUUUACAACAACAACCACCACGACAGAGCGAUUUAA